AUGUCUUCAACCAUUCCUAGUAAGCGUACACGCUUUUCCGAACUUGAACAAACACAACAGCAACAAGACCUUCAGAAUCUCCAACAAAAUUUACAACAAUUUAAUCAACAAUCUCAAUUACGUCAAAUGUAUCAGAGUCCAAAUCAACACCAGCAUCAAUUGACUCCGCUACUGACGGAACAAGAUAUUCACCGCCUUGAAAAAGGGAUUGAUUUAUUAAUCGAUGCUAUAAUUCCAAAUAAAAGUCAACAAGCCAAAGAAGCUGCUACAAUUAUUAUCAAUUCUCUUUCUUCUUUAAAAUGUUAUGAUAAUAUAGUGACACAAAAAAAUGAUUCGCAACAUUCGAACUCAAAUUCGAUUGUAUUAGAUAUGCCAACUCUUAAUGAACCGACGCAAAAUAAAUCAGAAAAGAUCGCGUCUCCAUUGUGUCAAUUGUUAAAUCACACAUACCCAAAUAGUAUCGUGGAAUUGGUUCAUAAACUCUCUAAAAUGUCUUUGAAUCCCUUAGAUUUACCUGUAACUUUAUCCCCCUCAACAAAUAAUACAAAAUCGAUAAGUAAUUCUUUACCGCAGAAAGUACCAUCUUCAAUACCUGCUAUCAAACCCACCAAAAUAUAUCCUCCAUCAAAUGAUUUAUGUCAGCAAUUAAUGCAAGAUUAUUUUAAUCAUUUUAACACCACAAUUCCAAUAUUGGAUCGUCGGAAGUUUAUCGAUCACUGGCGUAAUAAAAAUAACAAACACUCUCAAUUAUUGGUCGCUUCUACUUUAGCUUUGGCUGCCGCAAGGUAUUCAGAUGACCCUUCCAUCCAAAAAACUCAGGAUAAGCCUGGUGGCGUUUUCUUUGAUACUGCAAAGAAACUACUAGAUACGAUGUACGAUAAGCCUCGGUUGGAAACCGUGCAAGCAUUAUUAUUGCUUUCUCACUCAGAGACUAGUUUAUCACGCAUAGAUAGCAGUUUUAUGUUUUUAGGCAUGGCUGUUCAAAUGUCACAUACGUUGCACCUUGGUCGUAACGAUUCUUCUAAUUUGAUACCCGAGGAAGAUGAAGAAAGACGUAGAGUUUUUUACUGUGUUUACUGUUGUGACAGAUGGAUUUCAUUUUUAAUGGGAAAGCCAUACUCGAUCGACAAUAUAAACGUAAACGUUCAAUUACCAUCAUUACCCUCAUUUGAUCCACCAACUCGAAAUUUCUUUAUUUCCUUCAUAAAGCUAUCACAUAUAAUUGGAGAAAUUUGGAAAUUUGGCUAUUCAUCACAACCAAAGGCAGCACAAUCAAAUUGGAUGGGUCAUGCAAUGGAUCAAAAGAGUAUGUUGAGACAAAUCAGAGCUGCAUUAGCAAAAUGGUUGAAGGAAUUACCUGACGAAUUACAAUAUCAAUAUUUGCCAAACACCGAUACUAAAAGCUUAUUCCAAUUGGCAAGGUUCUCUGUUUAUGCAGGAUAUAUUAAUAUUCUGUUUCACACUUGUAUUAUUUUAUUACAUCAACCUUAUUUGACUCAGGCUUAUGAUAAUCCAAAAAUUGAGGCAAACCAAGGUCCAAUUAAAACUUGUCUUACUGCCGCGACCACUAUUACAGAUAUUGCAAAGACAACGAGGCAUUUUGAUAAGAAAGCAUUUUGUAACUUUUUAUUCCCAAUCUAUGGAAUAUUACAAUCUGCUAUAAUGGAAAUGGUCAUCAUGAAUGGUUCUGCUGAGCAUGCUCAAUGUGCAAAGAAAUCUCUAAAUGAUACUUUGGAAGAAUUAAGAUCCGCUGCAGAAAACGCUAAUUAUGGUUCUCUUAAAGAGAUUGUAAAAGAAUUAGAAUGUAUUAUGAUGAUCGCUAAUGGAAAUACUGAUAGUAGUCAUAUUUCAAUUCCAUUUCCUCUGGUUUUACAAAU